UGACAGUAGUCGUUGAGUUCUGUGGAUUCUGUUUUGCAGUUGAGAUCGACUUCACCAAGGAUCCCAUCGAACUCAGCCAAUUCAACCAAUUCAACCACACCACCAGGCACCGUCAUAUUACCCCACCUGUUAGUGACAACACAGCCCUGUGGUCCCUGCCGGAACAACCCUUGGACUGCCACGCAUUGCGGCCCCCAGCGAUCAGCUCCCUUGUUUGCUUCAGAAGAUUGGUCGACUUGUGAUUUGUAUUAAAGCAAGCUCUUGAUCUGUAUAACUUGCUUCUCACCUCUACUCUUUCCUUGACAUACCUCACACAUCUUACAGAACUUUGUUGAACAGAAAACAACUCUCAAGCAUGGGUCUUGCCUCCAAACUUGCAUCUGCGCAGGCAGCUUACCCUGGUGGUCCUCCGACGAGCCUACAGCCUGGAGGUGGCGCCCCAGGUGGCUAUAACCCGGCUCAAGGCGGAGGCCAACAACAGUAUCAAGCAUAUCCAGGUGGUCCUCCUUCGGUAAGACUUUUUCCGAUCACUGCUCCUUUUCCUUGAACCGGGCUCUCGGCGCCCAUAUUCUUGCGUCACUUCUCUUGUGAUUCUGCACCUCAUACCCACUUCGAAUCCAACAACACCCGUCUGCAACCCGAGAUCGAUCUAUUUUUGCAAGUGUAUCUUCUACCAAUCUAUCCGUAUCCUCCCUCAACAUUCAAAACAACCACAUCGGCAAACCAUGAGCAAAUUCUCGCGCCUGGCAUCAGCCGCACCGGGCGCGCAGGCACCCUACCCGUCUCAACCCGCCUCGAGUCUCUACCCGCAACAAGCACCCUCACCUUACAAUCAGCCUCCAGUACCUCCUAGACCAGGUGCAUCACCACAGCCAUAUCAGCAGCCGUCGUGGCAGUCGCCGCAGCAACAGCAGCAGUAUGGACAACAACAGCUAGGUGUUCCGCAGCAGGGAGGGUAUCAGUCACCGCAGCCGCAGUCAGCAUAUACAUCGUACCAGUCGCAGUACCAGCCUCCGAAUCAAUCUGGCCAGUCGCAAUAUCAACAACCACCGUAUCAGCAACCGCCCAGUGGUGGAUAUGGAUAUGUUCGUCGCAGCGCCAAUACAUUUAUCAUGAGCUGUUAAGAAAGAACCGUCGCUAACAAUUUGUCUCAUGUAGGGCGCCCCUCCUGGUCAAGGUCAAGGACAGUCUCCCUACCCCGGCGGCCCUCAAGGUGGUCCUUCAGGUGGUGCACCUCAACAAUAUGGUGGCCAACCUCCCUUUGGCGGAGCUGGCGCACCUCAAGCUGCUCCAGUUGGCAAUGCAGGCGCCUACAAGCAACUUCUACAAGCUACUAUUCAAGAGAAACAACUCCAGAAUUUCUACCCACCCGGUCACCCGAUGUUGGAUCAAAUUGCUGCUAGAGCCGCUCAGCAGGUCUCCCAACUGGCUGCCACAUGGCGUAUCAGUCCCGAGAUCGCCUCUGACAUCGUCAAGCUAGCUCUAUACGAUGUGAUCUUGUACAUUGAUGACAGCGGAAGCAUGCAGUUUGAAGAGAACGGAGAGCGUAUUGACGACCUUAAGUUGAUAUUGUCACGAGUCGCUUACGCCACCUCUCUCUUCGACGAAGACGGCAUUCAAGUUCGUUUCAUGAACUCCCCGGACCAAGGUAACAACAUCCGCAGCGAGCAGCAAGUGACUGAGAUGAUCUCCCGCACACGCUUCUCCGGCUUGACUCCUAUGGGCCGGGAACUUGAUAACAAGAUCUUGCGCCCAUUGGUUCUCCAGAACGCGCGCAAUGGCACCCUCCGCAAACCAGUCUUGGUCAUCACCAUCACAGAUGGACAGCCAACCGGUGAGAGCUCGGGUGACGUCGCUAGGAUUAUCAAGAAUGCUUCGGACGAGUUGGCUAGAAACCCUCGUUAUGGCAAAGGCGCAUUGGCCUUCCAAUUCGCUCAGGUCGGCAACGAUCUUAAAGCCCGCGAAUUCCUGAGCAAAUUGGACGAGGAACCUACGAUUGGUGAUAUCAUUGAUUGCACAUCCAACUACGAGGUGGAAGCCGACGAAAUGUCCCGCGCAAAUCCACCUGUCAACCUCUCGCCGGAGUUGUGGCUCAUCAAACUCCUACUCGGUAGUAUCGAUUCAUCUUAUGACACCAAGGAUGAGAAGAGCAGUGCUCCACGACCUCCUCAGGGAGGCUAUGGCGGUCCUCCUCCAACACAGGGUGGUUACGGCGGCGGAUACCCACCUCAAGGUGGUUAUGGCGGUCCUCCUCCUCAGCAAGGUGGCUACGGUCAACAAGGACCUGGUGGGUAUGGCCAACAGCAGGGUGGAUAUGGACGACCUCCUCCUCAGCAAGGUGGCUAUCCAUCACAACAACAGGGUGGUUAUGGUGCACCUCCACCACCUCCUAGAUAUUAGGUUGGCCAUAGCUUCAAACGACGUUAUGUCAGCUGAUCAUUGAUGGAGCUGUCGCUGGUGAAUGCGAGGCAGACAGACGCGGAUCGAUGCACACAGACACAUACGUUAUGAUUAGCCGGCCGUACUGGCCAGGCCAGACACUGGGCACUGGUACUUGCUGGAGUAGUCGAGAUGGAAAUGUCAGGGUCUUCAGGACAUCGGAUGGCGAUGGCAUCCAAUCCCAUACCCCCAAAUAUUUUUAUGGCGAGCAAAUAGCUUCCCCCGAAUGAAAAGUAUGAAUUAAAUCAAA